GUCUUCCCAAGCAUGGACCUUCCCCAGGGGACAGUCCUCCUUCUCAGGAACCCUGGAAGUUAGCAAGCAGCUCCUUCCCAUAGGCAGCAUCCACAGCAGCAGCAGCCAUGAAACUCAUAAACAACUUCAUCUUCCUUUCAACGCUACUAUUUCUGGCUGCAGAGGCAAUAGAAAAACGUCAAUCAGCAACUAAAAAUGAGUUAGAAUUGCAAUCCAAUGUAUUAAAAGAGGCUUGCCAAAAUAAACCACUGGACCUGGUCUUCAUCAUUGAUAGUUCUCGUAGUGUUCGUCCAUACGAUUUUGAAAAAGUGAAAGAAUUCCUUAUCACUGUGUUAAAGUUUCUUGACAUACGGCCAGAGGCAACCAGAGUGGGUCUAAUACAGUAUGGAAGUACAGUCAAAAAUGAAUUUUCAUUAAAGACUUAUAAGAAAAAAUCUGAUAUUGAGCGAGCAGUCAAGAGGAUGAUGCACCUUGCCACGGGCACCAUGACUGGAUUGGCCAUUCAGUAUGCAUUGAACAUUGCCUUCUCUGAAGCUGAAGGUGCUCGACCUUCUAAUCAGUAUGUGCCAAGAAUCGCCAUGAUAGUGACAGAUGGGAGGCCGCAGGACCCAGUUUCUGAAAUUUCAGCGAAAACUAGGAAUUCCGGAAUAUUAAUUUUUGCCAUCGGCGUUGGCCGAGUAGACAUGACCACCUUGAAAUCUAUUGGAAGUGAACCUCAUGAAGAGCACGUCUUCUUGGUGGCAAACUUUAGCCAAAUUGAAACAUUGACUUCAGUUUUUCAGAAUAAGCUAUGUGCUCCCCAUCUUUGUGCCACUACAAAUCAUGGCUGUGAUCAUUUUUGCAUCAAUACACCGGGUUCCUACAUAUGUAGAUGCAAACAAGGAUACAUUCUGAACCCUGAUCAGAAGACCUGCAAAACUCAAGACUUGUGUGCAUCAGAAAAUCAUGGCUGUGAGCAAAUUUGCGUCAAUACACCAGGAUCCUUUAUGUGUCAGUGUUACGAAGCAUAUGAGCUGAAUAAAGAUGGGAAAUCCUGUACUGUUGUCGACUACUGUGCUUUGGGUACACAUGGGUGUCAACAUGAGUGCCUUAAUAGUGAUGACUCCUAUAUCUGUCAGUGUCGUCCGGGAUUUAUUCUGAAUCCAGAUAAGAAAACCUGUAGAAGACCAGAUUAUUGUGCAUUAUCUAAUCAUGGAUGCCAACACGAGUGUGUUAAUACCGAUGAAUCCUAUUACUGUAAAUGCCGCAGUGGUUUCUCUCUCAAUGCGGACAAGAAAACAUGCAAAAAGAUUAAUUACUGUGCGUUGGGUAAUCAUGGGUGUGAACACGAAUGUGUGAACUUGGACAACGAAUUUGUAUGCAAGUGUCGUAAAGGCUACUCUCUGAACCGUGAUGAGAAGACAUGCAGAAAGGUGGACCACUGUGCUGAGAACAAUCAUGGAUGCCAACAUAUUUGUGUUAAUAUGGAUGAGUCGUAUGUCUGUCAGUGCUAUGAAGGUUUUCUAAUAAAUGAAGAUUUAAAGACUUGCAGCCGUGUCGACCACUGUGCCAUUAAUGACCAUGGCUGUGAGCACUUGUGCAUUAGUGCUGAAGAUUCUUUUACUUGUCAGUGUUUUGAAGGAUAUGUUCUGCGUGAUGAUAAGAAGACGUGUCAUAACAAAGAUCUCUGCAAAUCGAUUGAUCAUGGCUGUGAACAUAUCUGUGAGAACAAUGAGGAUUCUUACAUCUGCAAAUGCUUUGAAGGCUAUAACUUAGCAGACAACGGGAAAACAUGUAAAAGGUGUGGAGAAGGGCCAGUUGACUUGGUAUUUGUCAUCGAUGGUUCGAAAAGCCUUGGAGAAGACAAUUUUGAACUUGUAAAGCAAUUCGUCAACGGAAUUCUAGAUUCCCUGGAGAUUUCUCAGAAGGCAGCUCGAGUUGGACUGGUACAGUACUCCACUCAUGUCCGAACAGAAUUUACGAUGGCACAAUACAGCUCUGCCAAAGACAUGAAGAAAGCCGUUUCCCAAAUAAAAUACAUGGGAAGAGGGUCUAUGACUGGACUUGCAUUGAAACUCAUGUAUGAAAAAAGUUUUUCUGAAGCUCAGGGUUCAAGACCACGUUCCAUGGGUGUACCACGAGUUACGAUUGUGUUCACUGAUGGCAGGGCACAGGAUGAAGUAUCUGAUUGGGCAAGCAGAGCCAAGCAAAAUGGUAUCACUAUCUAUGCUGUUGGCGUGGGAAAAGCAAUUGACGAAGAGUUGCGGGAAAUAGCCUCAGCUCCUCAAGAUAAAUAUGUUAUACAUGCGGACGACUUCAGCUCGAUGGGAUACAUUACUGAGAAAUUAAAAACCAGCAUCUGUGAAGGGUGGAGCAACUGGAAACGACCUACUGAUCUCUCCGGUCAAACUUCUGAAUUGACAUCAGGAACUAGUGAAGUCACAGUCUCUUGUUCCAUGUCUGCUAUAAAGUUCAUAAGCCAAGCAGAAGAAAAAUCUGCGGAAGAGCAGUGUAAGUGUAAAAAUAUAAUGGAUUUUCAGAACAACGCUAAUGAGGAAGUCAAGAAGUUAACCCAUCAAUAUAUCCUUUUUGGGAACAACAUAACCUAAUGUAUGUACAUUACAGAGCGCUAACACGUGAAAUAAUGACAAUACAUAGAUUGCUGCUGAGAGAUACCUGUAAAAUGAGUGAGUAAGAGGUUUCGAAUUACUUGUAGUGGCAAACAUAAGAGGCCUCUGCUUGUGAAACAUCUGGUUUUAAAACUAUGGCCAUUAAAAUCAGCAUUGUCUCCCUUUUACUUUGGUCACUCCAGUCUCCAUUGGGGAAGGCUAUCUAUAAAUUAUUGGGGAAACAUUACUGUUAGCAUUUGCUUUCAUUUAGCCACCAGAGCUGUAAUCCUGGCUCACAGUCUGCAUCCAUAAUAAUCUCAAAUGUAAUCUAAUGGAUUGUGGUCAGGGCUAUGUGAAAGUCAAUCAAUUUCUUCAACUUCUGUAUGGACCAUUCUGUACAGGGGUUGUGUUGUUUUGAAACAAGAAAGGAUGUUCCACAAACUAAU